AUGCUUAAUUUAUUCCGCGUUGCUGGCGAUCUCGUGCACUGCCUGAGCAUCUACGUGUUGAUCAACAAAAUUCACACGUCGAAAUCCGUCAAUGGAUUGAGUUUCAAAACCCAGGUAGUGUACUUGGUGGUUUACCUCACCCGCUAUCUGGACCUUUUCGGUGGAUCAUGGCAGCGGUCCUUGUACAACACAGUACUGAAGCUUGUGUACAUUUCCACGUCGGGCUACAUCUGUUACUUGAUGCAGACUCAAUUCCGAAACACGCUCAAUCCCCAGCUGGACACUUUCAAGAUCCGGUAUUUAUUUGGCGCUGCAGCGGCGCUGGCCGUGCUAUUCCACGAGAAAUUCACCAUCACAGAGCUGCUCUGGUCGUUUAGUAUCUGGCUCGAGGCGGGUGCCAUUUUACCCCAGCUUUUUAUGAUUCAGCGCACCGGUAAAUGUGAAACCAUGAAUACGCACUAUAUUUUCGCUCUGGGUGCUUACCGCGCUUUAUAUGUUUUCAACUGGAUUUAUCGUUGGAUCGUUAAGGAUCCAGUAGGCUGGAUUUCGAUUGUCGCUGGUAUUUUACAGACCAUCCUCUACUCUGACUUCUUCUACGUCUACUACACCAAAGUCGUACACGGAGAGGCGUUCUCGCUACCCACAUGA